AUGGAUACAAAGGACUGUACAACUGUUACUUCUUCAAGACCACUCCAAAAUCAUCCUAAAACUACAAAUCUUAGAGUCAGCUCAUCAAGCAAAAGCUGCCAGAGUGGUGGUCAUGAAGCCAACAGCAGUCAACCACCUGGCCGUGUUCCGAAAAAGCCCCAAGCCUGGGGCUGCUGGGCCAUUCCUUGCUUUAGUAGCAUACCCAUCUGCCGAAGGGGCGACUCCAAUGCCUGCCUUUAUCUGGAUGAUUGUGACUGGUGUGGAAAAGGUAUCAACAGUAAUGAGAAAGAAACCAUGCAGGUCUUGAACACUCGCCUUGCCAACUACCUGGAAAAGGUACAUCUGCUGGAACAAGAGAAUGCAGAUCUGGAAUGUAAAAUUCAAGAAGAGUGUAACAAAGAAGUCCUUGUGGUGUGUCCUGAUUACCUGUCUUACUACAGCACCAUAGAAGAGCUGCAGCAGAAGAUCUUGUGUACCAAGGCUGAGAAUUCCAGGCUGGUCUCACAAAUUGACAACACCAAACUGGCUGCUGAUGACUUAAGAGCCAAGUAUGAAGCAGAGGUGUCCUUACGCCAGAUGGUAGAGGCAGAUGCCAAAGGCCUACAGCAAAUCUUGAAUGUCCUGACCCUGGGCCAGGCCGACCUGGAGGCCAGAGUAGAGUCUCUGAAGGAGGAACUCCUCUGCCUCAAAGACAACCAUAAAGAGGAAAUCAAUUCCUUACAGAGUCAGCUUGGGGACAGACUCAACAUUGAAGUGACUGCUGCUCCUUCUGUUGACCUAAACCAGGUCCUACAAGAAAUGAGAUGUCAAUAUGAGUCCAUUGUAGAGACAAACCACCGAGAUGUGGAGCAAUGGUUCAACAUGCAGAUGGAAGAACUCAAUCAGCAGGUGAUGACAAGCUCUCAACAGCAGCAGAGCUGCCAGAAGGAGAUCAUUGAACUGAGACGCUCUGUGAACACCCUGGAGAUUGAGCUGCGGGCCCAGCAUCGAAUGAGAGAUUCCCAGGAAUGCAUGCUGGCAGAGACCGAGGCCCGCUACACAGCCCUGCUGACCCAGAUCCAGUGUCUGAUCGAUAACCUGGAGGCUCAGCUGGCAGAGAUCCGGGGCGCGCUGGAAAGACAGAACCAGGAAUACGAGAUCCUUCUGGACGUCAAAUCCCGACUAGAGUGCGAGAUUGCCACAUACCGCAGCCUCCUGGAGAGCCUGGAUGGCAAGUUUCCCUGUAACCCUUGUGCCAACAAAUGUGACCUUUCCACUUGCACAUCCUGUAAGGCCAGAGUCAUGGAACGACUGUGUUUCGCAUCACGCAGCCUUUGUAUGUCCUCUGCUCCCUGUGGGGUCCAUGUGAUUUGCAACGCCUGCAAACCUCUGCCACGGAUACUGGUUAAAAUCUGUACCAUCACCAAGGAGAUUCAGGACGGCAAGGUCAUUUCUUCUCACGAGCACGUGCAGCCUUGCUACAUCACCAGACCUGUUAGAGUCUAG